AGGCAGAUUUCUUUCCACAAAGACCACCUUUAGCCUGAGGGAGAUGGUAGUAUUACUUAUUAUUAUUUAUGUGUAUAAUCAUGCCAUCCAAGAGCCUGUUGGAGAACCCAAGAUAAUGCUGUGCCAUACGGAGUAGAAAUAGAGAAAACCUUGACUGGAGAUGGGGCACUAAUAAAACUGCAAAGAUGUGUAGAGUACAAAUAUUUGCUGUGGAAGGAAUCAGGUGAAGUUUUGUCUGUGUAAUUCACAACGUCUAAGGCAGACCAUGCUCAUCGUAACCCAAAAGUCUUGUCACAGGAGAGGACAAUGAAGUGCUAAAACUUGGCUGGCUCUGCCCCUUGCUGUUUGCCAGGUCAGUAUGUGGAGUUCUCCCUCUGGAAGGUUUGAUACAGAAUGGAACGAAUGACAUCUCUUCUGCCUGCUUGUAUAUUUUGGCUGUCAGUGCCCUUCCAUGAAUUUGCACAGACUGAUGGCCUUAUCUGUUUGUGAUAUUGUGAGAUUGUUUGCAGACAUUCAAACUCAGGGAAAAGGAAAACUGGAAACAAAACCAAGGAGCUGAGCAGAAGUGUCACAGAAAUAUGACAGAGGCACCAUGUGGAGGCUGAAAGGACCAGGGGGUCCCCCCUUCUUCAAAGGCAAUUGUGUAGUGAAAUCUCUUUUAAGUAAUAACUUCAUAUAAUAAAUUGCAGCAGGAAAACAGUAUUUGGAAAAGAAGUUUAAACAAUUCUGCCAAAAACGUCACAACUAUGUCUUCCAAGUUUCCAAAGUAUGAUGGAAAAUAUCCCUUGGGGUCAGCAAGUUGAACUGCAAGCCCUUCCCAGCACUGCAACCAAGAAACACAGGAUGAUGGAUCUGUCCCAACAGAGGCUGCUGGGAUCAGAACAGCACAGGGAGACAUCACAGCAAAGGACACUGUCCACCGAGUGGUGGACACCACCAGGGACUGCCGCUGGGGAGAGCUGCCAUGGCCCAGGUGCAGCUCAAUGUCUGGCUGAUCCUGUGCAUUUUGGCUGGAUCCCAGAGGCUGACAGAUGAACAUCUUCGUGGCAGAGAUGGUGCCAGAGCCAACGCACCCCAUCGUGGCCCAGAGGACGCCAACGUCAUGUUAGAGAUGCUCUGGGGAGGGCUGGAUAUUCAGGCCAAUGGGACAAUGUGGCUUCGGGAUGAGGAGCUGGCCUCCCUGCGCCCAGCACGGCGGCUCAUGCAGCUUUUAGAGGAUGAAGUUCCUAAAACACCGACAGAGAUUGAGCAGCAUCUGAGAUACUAUUCACUGACCAAUGCCCCUUUGCCUCUGACUGAAUUUGAUCGUCUCCUUUUCACCAGUGUUUACUGUGCCUACCAGGUUCGUUCCAUGCAGGGUGUGGAUAAAAACAUCUGGAUUCGUUUUUUCUCUCAACUGGUUGAUGAAAUGUUUCGUGAUCUGUGCAAGGGGCUCUGCCCAGCAAAUACCACCCUACUCCUGGCUUCUUGGCCCUGGAAGGAGAAGCCUUCACAUUUAGCAUCCCUGAAACAUGUCUAUCAUUCCAACCUGGCCAGGACCAAGAGAGACACUUGAUAAGGGAAACUACCAUAGGAAAGGACACUUUAGCUGCAUCCUUGGUUAUUUUGAAUGCUUUCUGCAUUAUUCAGGACUUUGUACAAAUAGCAUUUAUUUUUAAAUGAAGCAGGACAAAACUGUAAGGUGCAUUUCACUUUUUUUUUUUUUUUCUUUCCCCUGUUGUCUUUUAUUAUUUAUUUUUUAAACUGGGCUGUGCUGAAAGAGGCAGUGCUAUUUAGAUGUGUUAUCUGAUAUGAUCACGGAUGCUUACUGGGGAGAUGCCCUUGAAAGUUUUUUUCCAGGAUGUUACACUGGUGUCCUAGCUGACUUAAUUUCAGAUAAUUCAGUUCAACCUCUUUAUAUUCACCCUGUGUUUUCAGUCUACUACAUUAUCUUUUCUCCGGUCUAGUAACCAGCUAAGCAGAUGCAUGAUAUAGGUCACAUGUUUAAUUUCAGCUUUCCACUCAUGUGGCAGCACAUUUUAUAUGUCCAUAUCCCAUCUCAUGUAUUCAUUUUUCUUUAAAAAGUAACCUGAAAAUGUACAUAUCCUAUGAAGCUUUCUAGUAUUUGCAUAUCAUAUUUACACAUGGACAUAGCUUUGUGUCAGUUAUCAGUUUGGAAUACACUUCCUUAAAUCUCAUUUAAAUUCCUAAGGAUUGUGACCUAGUUAUUUCUUCUGCAGAUUUUACCUCUUCCAUGAAGUUAUUUUGUACAGCUAUGGCACUUUUCAAGCCAAACAUAACAAAUACACAACCUAAAAUCAGAAACAACUCAAAAUCAGAAAUAGAGUUAUUUUAUAGAAAGAGACCAUUAACUUUUCUGUGUUUUACACAGUGGAGUGUGGAACUAAAUAAAUGCAAUUAUCUACUUGG